AUGUCGAAGUCACAACGAGGACUUUCGUACGUGCUCGGAGACUCGAACAACAAUGAAAAUCACAUUCUACCAAUCAAUGCUGCACAAUAUUCACAAACCACGAGGAAGUUAUAUACCGCCGGAAGAGAUGGAGCAGUUAAAAUAUGGACACCGUCACAGGUGACGUUCCCCGUAUCUCACUCAAAUCUGUUCCAAUUUACACUGGGGAUAGAACAAGUGGAAGAUCAAAGUCUUGAUGAACAGAUGCUCAAGUUGGAGACGUCGAUAUGUUCGAGCAAACUAGGAUAUAUGACACCAACAACUAACGAUUACACAGUGUCAAACUCAUACAAUGUGCACUUUGAUUGGGUCAAUGAUUUAUCGUUGGUCAAUAACAAUAUGGGAUUGGUUUCAUGUUCAUCAGAUUUAUCAUUAAAAUAUAUCCAACUUGAUAAUGAAGAUGAAGAUUUACAACUGAAUUCCAACUUUUCAAUUAAAGUUCACAAGUUCUAUAAUGUUCAUACUGAUUAUGUUAAGAAAUUGUCAUCUGUUGCUAAUGAAAACAAAAUCGUUAGUGCUGGUUUAGAUGGGAAAAUAGUCAUAUGGGAUUUGAAUACAUUAAAUGAAGUAGCACAAUUCGAGAAUAAGGCUCUGAAUAGCACAUCCGUACCUUGUUCAGUCUAUUCUCUUGCCAGUGUUGACACCAAUUUAAUAGCUGCUGGAGGCCCAAAUAAUACCAUCAACUUGUUUGAUAAGAGAUCUUCAUUUGUAAAGAAGUUGAUUGGACAUCAAGACAAUAUCAGAUGUCUUAUGAUGAAUGAUAAUUUCAUAUUGAGUGGGUCUUCAGAUACAACCAUUAAGUUGUGGGAUCUUAGAAACCAUAAAGUUCUUCAAACCUUUGAAAUCCAUGAUGAUGCUGUGUGGUCAUUGGCUUCCGCUGGUAAUAACUCCAAUUUCAAUAGUUUCUAUUCUGGUGAUAGAUGUGGGAAUAUUAUCAAGACAGACUUAUCAUAUCUCUCUGCUAACAACUCUAAGCGUGACCAGAGUGAAUUUUUCUCAGGAUAUGAAACUUACUCCAGUACAGAUAAAUUUUUCAUUGAUGAAAAAUUAGGUAUUCUGACAUUUGUGGCAAAGGCUGAUUCAGGAAUCAUAUCUUUGUGCGUUGAAGGAGGAAGUGGACUUGAUAUUGCCUCGGAUGAUUGUGCUGUGUUUGCAUCAAAUAGCAUGUCCUUUGAUAGGUAUCAUGUUCCUGAUACUGUAAAUUUGUCGAGAUAUCAAUUUCUUCGCUCUUGUGCAGAAUAUAAUAAUGGUAUGGCAGAUGAUACUUCGGACGUUGGGAAUGCGCCAGAAGCUAAUGAUUUAAAUUCAGACUUCUAUGAUUUGGUUAGUCAUUUAUCAAUGGAUAGCCAUGUCGAUAUACAAUCCUCAAUCUCAGCUGCAAAUAAUAAUUACCCACUUCUGAUUCAUAAUAUUGAUGGUGAAAUAGCAAUUGACGAUGAUUAUGAAUAUUACUCCAUGUUUCUUAGUAUUAAUGGAGGACCUUCUCAAGAAUUUGUCAGUGAAGUUGAUGAUACAGAAGACGGUGAUUCUAUUGAUAAUAAUGAAGAUGGAGCUUCAAUAUAUAAAUUAAAAAUUGAUAUUCUAUUAAAUCCUAUUCCACUGGAUCACAUAACAAUGGUUCCAUUUAAUAAGUCACCAUUUGAUCGAUUCCCCAUAUCACUAAAAAGUAUUAUUGCCAAACGACUUUUCAAUAAUAAAAGACACAUGGUUGUUCUUUAUAUGAAUGGAGAUAUCAAGAUUUGGGAUCUUUUUAUUUGCAGAGAACUUAAAAGCUUUCCAAAUGAGGAGGAUUUUCAGAAUCAAAGUAAAUUGAUUGAAAAGAGAACAAAAUAUAUGGAUGAUAUUUUCAAUCAAUAUCAAACAAUGGACACACUUAAUAAUUGGUGUGAGGUUGAAAUUAAAGCUGGUAAACUUCUUGUUAUCAUUCGAGAAUCUACAUUUGAUAACGUACGGAUAUAUUAUGAUGAAUUGAUUUCAAAUUAUCCAUUUUUAGAUUACACACAUCUGGAUAAUGUUGAAGGGAAGAAGAAUUCAAAAGUAAAAGUUACAUUUGAUGAUAGAUUUUAUCUAUCAAGAAUUUUCCUUAAUUCCAUAUUUCAUCAGUAUGCAUUGUUUGAAUGGGAGUUUGAUAAUCAAUUAAGACAAGAAUUAAAAACAAUUAAACUGAAAAAUUUGGGGAAAAAAAUCUCUGGACUUUCAAAUAGUAGUAUUCAUACAAAUGAUGAAGAGUUGAAUGAAGAAUCAAACUUGAAUAAUAACACAUCUUCUAGUACACUCAAACGAAUCAAGAUGUUUGGUAGGAAGUCAUCUAAAACGAGCAUUUCUCAAGCACAACAGCAGCAACAACAGAAACAGCUGGCACUGUUAACGGCCAGUCCUGUGGUAUCAGCUUCAAACAGUAUGCUUGAUUCAUCAAAUAAUAGUUUGAAUGGAGUAUCUACUGAUGUUGGGGAAAUGAUUUCAUUUAUUCCUGAAGAAAUUUCCAAACAAAAUAAUUCAUUUAAUUAUGAUGAUUCAAUUAUGAAAUUACUUCAAAUCAAUAAACUAAAAUACGGAGAGAAGUACAAUACUAGCAAGACUAAAGUUGUUGACUCACUUCUCAACAUUUACUCGAAUGAUCCUAUGUAUGAAUCUAAAAAUCGAAUCAUUCAUCCAAGUGCCCCGGUUGAUGAAUCGAAAUUAAUUUUCGACGUUUAUAAACCACUUAUUUACCCGAAAAGAUUCCCUCAAAACCUUUUGAUUAUUAUAUCUGAACAUUCAUCUGAACUUGGGAAUCUUCGAGACUUGUGUAGUUUCCAAUUUGAAGAUAUCAACAAGUUGCAAUUUGGAGAUCCCAAUGUUAAUAAGGAACUCAUUAAUAACUUGAGACUUUAUUUACCUAAAUGGAUUGGUCAACCAAUAUUAUACGAUUUUUUCCCAACCAAGGAAGGACCAAAAAUCUCAUUUCAAUUAGUUGAAUAUGAUUAUUCACAAUUACCUAAUACCAAAAAAAUUGGUGGUAGGGUUGGUAAAAGAAUUAAGAAAUUACCUAUUAGUGAAAGUUGUAUUAAACUUUCAUCGCAUCAUAUGCUUAGAGUUGGUAAGAUUUUAUCUUAUCUUACAGAAAAAUUUGAAUCUAGAACUUCUGAAAUGAAGGAUCAUGAACCAACUACAAAAUGGUUAGUAUUAGAAUGUAAAGGAGAAGUACUUGCAAAUAACCUUACCCUUCAAACAAUCAAAACCAAAUUGUGGAAAAGUAGCGCAGAUAUAACGUUGACAUUUAGAAGAAAAUUUGAUGAUGAAUAA